UCGUUUUACGUGACACAAAUAUACUGCACAUACGAGACCUCAUUCUGCUAGAUAUUUUGCCCGGAAAUGAAGAAAAUCUGUAGAAUGUGGGAGGUGCCACAAGUUUGCAGUGUCUGCGCAGAUAUGUGGGGCCUGUGAUCAGCAUGGAGGCUUCACCUCGCAAGUUCCUAUGGCAACUGAUCAAACGCACCGCGCGCGUUCUGUGCUUGUGUACGACAGAACGCAGUUGCGCGCGGAGCCUGUCUGCGACGGAAGCCUUCAAGGCACUGGAUUCAUACUUUGGAUACACCUGCAACACCUAAAGCACAUUUUCGAAGAAAGCUGCCAGAAAGAAUUUUGAGGGAAGCAGGUGGAUCUUAGGCAGUCACAGGAAGCUGACCAUCACCACCUCCUCAUGAUGCACAUGAACAGCUUGUUGAACCGAUGGAAUGAGAUCUCCAAGAUGUGUGAGGUGGAAGACACUCCAGAACCAGUUAGUCCCACGCUGCUCAAUGAGUCCACAGACACCUACUGCCAGACUGACUGCUGGCACAGACUCCGCACCACUGUCCGAAAGCUAGAGUUCUGGGAAGACUUCAGCGCAGAGCUUAUCGGAACCGGCUUCUUCUCCAAGGUCUACAAGGUGAUGCACGGCACCACAAAGAAGGUGAUGGUGGUGAAGAUCUAUAAGAAUGAUGUGGAUCAGAACAGCAUCGUGAGGGAGAUCAGUCUACUUCAGAAACUCUCCCACCCCAACAUAGUGAGGUACCUGGGGAUCUGUGUCAAGGAGAACAAGCUGUACCCAAUUCUUGAGUAUGUGAGUGGAGGCUGUCUGGAGGAGCUGCUGGCCAGGCAUGACGUCAACCUCUGCUGGAGAGAGAAGAUCGAACUGGGCUGUGAUAUCAGCCGAGGAAUGACCUAUCUCCACUACAAGAAUAUCUACCACAGAGAUCUCAACUCUAAGAACUGCCUGAUCCGCGUGACCUCGCGUGGCAGGGAGGCCGUGGUCACAGAUUUUGGGCUGGCCAGAGAAGUGGGGGACCUGCCUGCAAAUGACCCUGACAGGAAGUUGUCUCUGGUGGGGUCGGCCUUCUGGAUGGCACCAGAAAUGCUUAGAGGAGAGCCGUACGACCGCAAGGUGGAUGUCUUCUCUUUUGGGAUCAUGUUGUGUGAGGUCUUAGCAAGAAUCCCUGCCGACCCAGAAGUGCUGCCCAGGACUAAGGACUAUGGGCUGGAUGUGGAAUCGUUCAGAGAGCUGGUGCAGGGCUGCCCAGAGCGGGUUCUGGAACUCUCUGCCAGCUGUUGUCAGAUGGAUGCAUUCCGAAGACCUUCCUUCUCUGAGCUCCUGGAUGAGCUGGAGGACAUCGCUGAGACCCUAGAGCCAUCAGACAACGACCUAACCACAGGGUGAUCUCACAAAUCCAUCCUAACAAACCCCUGGACUGAAGGAUUUAAGGGACUGUGCUACAUGAGAGUGCAGCAGUGGACCGUGACUGGCACUCUGUUCUCCCAAGAGUAGAAUAUAAAGGGGAAUGUCUGGUAAUUGAGGACAAAACCACUCAACUGAAUGUUCGCUCAAUAACCAGUUCUGGACGCCCUCCAUGCAGCGUGUGAACCUGAAUGAUUGCGAGAGUCCAUUUGAAAGGCUGAAUUUUACCUUUUCUAUUUUUUAUUUCAUAUAGAUGAAAGUAAUAUGAUUUUUUAGGGACCAACUUGUCAGCUGAUUUUUUUUUACAAGACCAAAU